GUUAUGCUGCUCACAGCAUAAAGUGUGAGUAGAUACUCACACGGUGGAUCCAUUGUCCACAUGGGCGAGAGUAAGAUGGCGCCGGUUUGGGUUGAGGAAGGUGAGAGUCGAUUUGGGUCGGCUGGCCGAACCCACGGCUGACCAAGCCCACAAAUUCAAAAUUCAAAAAUCAAACCUAUUCUUUCCCCAAUUCAGUUUCUCCGCCAGAACCACUUCGACUUCCCCUCUCUCCCACUUUUCCCCUCUCUCUCACUUUCCUCCUCUCACGAAAACGACGAAGAAGCAAGCGAAGCGGUGACGACAAAGCAGCGAAGCGGCGGCGACGGACCAGCAAAGCGGCGGCGAGCGAAGCGGCGGCGAGCGAAGCGGGAUUUCGGCCGCGACGAAGGGCGGGAUUUCAGCGGCGACGAAGGCUUGUGUUGACGGCGGCGACUUUGCAGACGAAUCGGCGGCGACGAAGGGCGACGAAGCUUGGUUUGACGGCGGUCGUUGAAGAAAGAACUACUAUUUGGACUAAGAGAUUUAUCAAUGGCAAGGACUAAAACAACCAAGAGGAAACAGCCGACCGACUCCACGACAGCCAUCACCACCGCCUGUUUUGUGGAUAAAACGAACGUGAAGAGACAUCGACGAAAUCCACCGCCGUCACCACCGCCACAGCCAGAGGAGGAUGAGGAAAAAGAAGAUGCUGAAGUUGCAGCGCAAGUACGUGCACAAGGAGUAAAGACCUUUAGAUAGGGUUCAGUUUUCAAAUACUAAUUUUGUAUCCGAUUGAAGAUGUUAGGAGUAAAGACCUUUGCCGCAUGUUGUAGGAACGGGCUAUCCUCCAUCAUAAUAUAAUGAACCGAUUGUUUCCCAUUGUAGUCUGACUCAGUCUCCUUGCGUCUUUUUUCAGCCAACAAA